GAUCAAGUACAAUCUUGGAAGUAAUACUUCCGGAGUUCCAGUCAUAUUCAUAUGAGAGCUUUGGGGUUACAGUAGAACUUCUACUCACAUUCUGAGAUAGAGGAAGAAAGGAAGUGUGUGGUGCAGCUAGAGUUGGGAAGAAAAUCAGAGAUGGUUAGCUUGGACUAUAUUCUGGUACCAGCGGGUCUCUUUGUGCUGGGAAUAUAUCAUAUUUGGCUCUUAAUCACAGUUCUGCAUAAUCCCAUAAGAACUGUUAUUGGCCUCAAUGCUUACACUCGUGAACAGUGGGUUUUCUCCUUGAUGACUGACCCCUUGAAGAAUGGUGUUUUGAUUGUACAAACUUUACGCAACAACAUAAUGGCAUCGACACUUUUGUCAACAGCAGCAAUUACUCUUUGUUCUGUGAUCGUUGUAUUUGUGAGCAGCGAAUCCAGCUCCAAUAGCACUGUAUCAGUACACUUAGCAUACUCUUACACUCCCACCUUACUUUCAAUCAAGUACUUGUGCAUUAUGAUUUGCUUUCUUGUUGCAUUUCUCUGCAAUAUGCAGUCUACUAGAUAUUGUGCCCAUGUCAGCUUCUUGGGCACUGUCCCAACAUGGAAAAACAAGACAGGUUUCAUUGAGUAUGUUGCGGCAACUUUGAACCGAGGAUAUUACUUUUGGGCACUAGGACUGAGAGCAUUCUACCUCUCUGUUCCUCUCUUUCUCUGGAUCUUCGGGCCAAUACCUAUGUUUCUUAGUUGUUGUGUUAUGUCAGUUAUGCUCUAUUUCUUGGACACAACCUCCAGCUUUGCACAAAUUAUUCAUACGCAAUUGUUCAAGGAGGAUGAAGCAAGAACCAAUGAUGUGGAAUCGAUUUCUCAACCAUUGAACAAUUCUGAACAUGAGAACUUCCAACUCCGUGAUCCUCUACUGACCAGGUCCGGCUAGCUGUAACUCAUUCCAUUUGCAUCUAAUGUAUGGUGCUGGAUAUAUGGUCUGUCUGCAGUAUGUUUCUGUUGCUGGUUGCUAUAUUUGCAGCGGCAGCAUGAGGAUUUUGGACAGAAGUGUUGCACCAUGAUCUAUGCUUGAUCGAGCGUCUACAUGCGUUACCUUCUU